UAUCUCAUGCAAUGGCAAACCUAUGCAUACAACUCAUAUUCUUCAUAUUUCUCUUCUUCAUUUCUGCUUUGGCUCAAAAUAAUGGUAUUGUGCCUUUGGGCAGGAGCUUGACUGCCGGUGAAACAUCCAAUUCGUGGCUUUCACCUUCCGGCGAUUUUGCAUUUGGUUUCCAGAAAAUUCCGGACAAGGAUCUGUACUUGUUUUCCAUAUGGUAUAACAACAUACCAGACAAAACUGUAGUUUGGUAUGCUAAUCCAACCAACACGGUUCCUCGUGGAUCGACUGUGGCGCUUGAUGCUCAAACGGGUCUCGUGUUCCGUGACCCUCAAGGCUUACAACUUUGGAGUGCUGAUGUCAAUCCUAAUCAAGUUGAUCAUGGUUUCAUGAACGACACAGGCAAUUUUAUCCUCAAAGGGAGUGAUGAAAGCUGGCUAUGGGAAAGCUUCAAACAUCCUGCUGAUACGAUACUGCCAAAUCAAGAAUUGGAAAUCAAUGGUACUCUGUCUUCUCGACAGUCAGCAACAAACUUCUCUCAAGGAAGAUUUUAUCUCCAUUUUCAAGGGGCUGUAGUGCUUACUACCAGCCGAAAUGUGCUAAUCAGUGACGAUGGUGUGUAUUACCCAAAUACCGCAAAUUGGUCAAAUGAUGGUUACAAGGUUAUCUUCGAUAGUGGAGGCACCAUGUAUAUAAGGAAAGUGAACAAUCAAACAGAACAGCUGAGUCCUUCAAGACUAGGAUCUGAAAAUUAUUAUCACAGGGCAACGUUAGAUUUCGACGGGCUCUUCACGCAUUACUAUCAUCCAAGAAAUUCAACUAGCAAUUCAAAUUGGACGAUUCUUUGGUCUGUACCAGAUAAUAUAUGUCUCACCAUCAAGUAUAAGGGGGUCAUAGCUUGUGGAUAUAACAACGUCUGCAUGCUCGAAAAUGGAAGACCAGUUUGCAAGUGUCCAAAAGGUUAUGUGCUGCGUGAUCCAAACAACAUGUAUGGUGACUGCAAAGCAAACUCUCUUGUUAGCUGUGGUGGAGUAGAGGGGGACUCUGUAGAAAACCUUUACGAUUUUGAGGUAAUGAAUGACACUGAUUGGCCAAUGAAUGACUUUUAUCAAAUAAGUCCGUCAAGUGAAACCAUCUGUAAGCUAUCUUGCUUGCAGAACUGUUUAUGUGCAGUUGCCAUUUUUAGAGUCAACAGUUGCUGGAUGUUGAAAUUGCCACUUAUUAAUGGGAGGGUGGACUAUAGACUUCAGUCAAAAGCUUUCAUCAAAUACCACAAAAGUGAUGCUCCUCCAGCAUAUCCGAUUGUUCCUCAAGGUUAUCCGGUAGAAUCAAAGUCAAAGGACCGAGGCACCUUGAUACUUGUGGGAUCUGUCCUUCUUGGCAGCUCUUUCUUAGUAAACUUGACAUUCAUUACCGCAGCUUGUUUGGGUGUUUACCUCAUAUACCAGAAAAAGAAGGUAAUAUUUCAUUUGAACACUGAUGCUAAGGAUAUAAAUUUGCACAUUUUUCCGUACAAAGAACUUGCAGAAGCUACCGAUGGAUUCAAGGAAGAGUUGGGUAGGGGAUCAUUUGGCAUUGUGUACAAAGGCGAGUUACAAAUCAGUUCCAAAGGCAGUAUUAUUGCUGUCAAGAAGUUAGACAGAGUGGCUAAAGAUGCUGAGAAGGAAUUUCGAGCUGAAGUGAAAACAAUUGGUCAGACUAACCACAAGAAUUUAGUCCGUCUGCUUGGAUUCUGUGAUGAAGGACAACAUCGUCUAUUGGUGUAUGAGUAUAUGAGCCAUGGUACUCUUGCAAGAUUGCUGUUACAUGAUCCAAAACCGAGCUGGAACCUAAGAACCCAAAUUGCUAUCGGGAUUGCAAGAGGACUCGUAUACCUUCAUGAAGAAUGCAGAACUCAGAUCAUCCAUUGUGAUAUAAAGCCUCAAAAUGUACUUCUGGAUGAGUAUUUCAAUGCUCGGAUUUCCGACUUUGGAUUGGCAAAACUUUUGAUGAUUAGUCAGAGUCAAACAAUGACUAGUAUCCGUGGAACAAAAGGGUAUGUUGCGCCUGAAUGGUUCAGGAACAACCAAAUCAAUGCAAAGGUCGAUGUUUAUAGUUUUGGUGUCUUGUUACUAGAGAUCAUUUCUUGCCGAAAAUGUGUGGAGGACAUUGAGAACAUUGGUGAAGGAGAAAAUCCAAUUUUGACUGAUUGGGCUUGGGAUUGCUUUCAAGAAGGAAGAUUGGAUAAGUUUGUUGACAAUGAUUUAGAGGCUUUAGAGGAUAAAAUGAUGCUAAAGAGAUUUCUGAUGGUUGCUAUAUGGUGUAUCCAAGAAAACCCAUCGCUUAGGCCUAAAAUGAGGAAGGUGAGCCAGAUGCUUGACGGAAUUGUGGAAGUUAUGGUGCCCCCGUGUCCAUCUCCUUUUUGCUCUACGAGUUAAGUUUUAGUUCUGUACUGUUUUGUGUCAUUUGUUUUUGAUGUCUUGAGACAGUAUACAAGCUUCUUUUCUUUCUCCUUUUUCUUUUUUGUUUUCCUGCUUUUUUCCAGUGUAAGAGAUUUACCUAGUAGCUAAACAUCCUAUCGGGAUGGUGGCAGUGCACUAAGUCAAUGAUAAAGUUAGGACUAUACAGCCAAUCAAAAAUUCUGUGAUGUUGACGUUCUCUUUGUAACUCCUUAAACCUCUCUCAAGUUUCAUAUAAGAAUUCACCUUCCUGUUGAUGAAAA